CAUGCGCGGCGCGCGCUCGGCUCCGGAGCCGGGUCCCGGGCGGCUGAAGCUGCGCUUUUUAUUUUUUCCCCCCGGCACUGCGGACGCCCAAGGAGAGUGAGUGACGGAGGUCGGUGCUAGUUGGCUGUGACCGCCCAUCGCAACAUCAGCAGCAGCGCCCUCCUCAUCCGAGCAAGAUCACCAAGACCUGUAUUCUGUGUGGUUGGGAACGAAUCAUUUAGCCGGAUUGAGCUAAUUCAUUUUUCAAGCUGGAAAGUGGAACUGUUUGUAUCUAUUGAGUUGUUCAUGAACUAGGUAGUAUUGUCAUAGGACGUUGAACAUGGCAGAAGAAGAAGAGGAUUACAUGUCAGAUGCCUUCAUUAAUGUUCAAGAAGACAUCAGACCAGGCGUGCCAAUGCUGAGGCAGAUCCGCGAGGCCCGCCGGAAAGAAGAGAAGCAGCAGGAAGCUAAUCUGAAGAACAGACAGAAGAGUGUGAAAGAAGAAGAACGGGAAAGACGUGACCUCGGGUUGAAGAAUGCGCUGGGCUCGGAAAACAAAGGGUUUGCUUUGCUCCAGAAGAUGGGAUACAAGAGCGGGCAGGCCCUGGGCAAGAGUGGAGAUGGUAUUGUUGAACCAAUUCCUCUCAAUGUCAAAACAGGAAAAAGUGGCUUAGGUCACGAGACAUUACUAAAACGGAAAGCAGAGGAAAGGCUGGAAAACUACCGGAGAAAAAUUCACAUGAUAAACCAAAAUGAAGAAAAGGCCGCCGAGCAGUUCCGGAUGCGAAUGAAAAGUAAGCAAGACGAGAUGAGGCUUGAAGGAGACCUGCGAAGAAGCCAGCGAGCCUGCCAGCAGCUGGAUACCCAGAAGAACAUUCAGGUUCCCAGGGAGGCAUGGUACUGGAUAAGGCCUGAGGAGGAGGAGACUGAAGAAGAGGAAGAGGAAGACCAGGAUGAAGAUGAGUACACCAGCGAAGAUUUGAGUGUGCUGGAGAAGCUGCAGAUACUCACCGGAUACUUACGAGAAGAACAUCUAUAUUGCAUUUGGUGUGGGACAGCCUACGAAGAUAAAGAAGACCUAUCUUCAAAUUGCCCAGGACCAACCUCUGCAGAUCAUGACUGAGAUUAUUCCCAAUAAAGUAAAAACUAUUUAUGCAGAGUCUGCAGCAGCCUGCCCUUGCUUCCCAAGGGAAACCAUUACAGAGGAGUGGCCGAUUGAACCCAAACGGGUCAGCACAGUGCAGCACUGAACCAUGGGAGAACUAAGGGAGACCACGGGACACGACAGUAGCACUAAAUUUGGGUUCUGAACGAUGGACACAACUCGGCCUGCACAAAGCUGUGAGCAGGCAGCGACUUUGUAACUCAGCAGUUCUAACCACGCAAGUCUGGUUAUCUGCCUUGGGUGAUCUUAUUUAUAUUUGUCAAAGAAUGAACAAUCCAGAUGUCUAUUGAACAAAUACAUAAAAUAUUAUAUAUUCAUACAGCACGACCCUAUUUGGCAGCAAAAAGGAAUGUGUUACUGAGACAUGCUACAGUGUGGAAGAAACUUGGAAACAAUACUAGAUGAAAAAUACCCCCUGUAUGGUCUAUUGAUUUAUAUGCGUAGAAUGGGCAGAUCUAUAGUCAGGAAGCAGAUUGGUGAUUUUGCAGAUUGGUAGUUUUCUUUUUUUUUUCUUUUUCUUUUGUUUUUUGUUUUUCAAGACAGGGUUUCUCUGUAUAGCUUUGGAGCCUGUCCUGAAACUCGUUCUGUAGACCAGGCUGGCCUCGAACUCACAGAGAUCCGCCUGCCUCCAGCCUCCUAGCAAGUGCUGGAAUUAAAGGCCUGCGCCGCCACCACCCAACAAAUUGGUGGUUUUCUAGAGUUGGGAGAAGGUGAUGAAUCUGUUAAUGGAUGUGAAUUUCCUUUGAGGUGACAAAAAAUAUUUUAAGAUUGAACGUAGUCUUGAUGCAAUUCUGAAUAAACACUGUUAAAUUGUA